UGUUGAUGUAUACAUUAUAUAAUACAAUAUAUAUUAUAUAUAUAACGUAUAUAAUACAAUAAUUUAUAAAGUGAAAUUAAAUUUCUUAAUUGUUUAUAUAUUAACAAACUGGAUAAUGUAAAAGAAGAUUCUUUUUUUGACGCUUUAUUGGUGUAAAAUGUAACUGUUCAUGUACAAGCUGGAGUUCAAUCAACGCAAUGAAGUGUGAGAAAAUUGAUGAAUUACUAACGAGUAUUGUAGUGACCUGCGACAUGUCGUUUAAAACUCGAACGGCGACUUAAGCUUACAGCCUUGAUAUUUUGAAUGGAGAGUUUUUGUUUAUUCCUUUUUUAAUGUGUUACACAUUUUUAUGCUGAUGAAUGUUUAAAGAAAAAGUUCUUUUUUGUUUUUGAAUUAAUUAAAAUGGCACCUAAACAGAAAUAAUUCAAUUGGGAUACAAACCAAGCUGACACAUUACAAUGCUUUCAAAAUCAAAUACCGUAUCGACUAUAAUUAAUGAAACUACACUUGGAACAUACGAAAGAUCAACGUCGUUGCUUGUCUACGGAUUCGAUUUUUGUCAAGAGAUGUUGUGUUCAUUAUUAAACUAUUGGCGUUAACAUUUGGAACAAUUGGGCCAAGAACUUCGUCUUUCAUCUUGUCGAUCACUCAAAUGGACAUGCCAGCUCUCUGCGAUACGGUAGCCGAGCGCUGCAAGCCCCCCCCCCCUCCCCAGACUGCCGUAGCGCUUUCCUUGCAUCGCGUUCUUCUCAACCCAGAUAGCGGGUUCAACCUCUGGUUUCUUGGGUUGGAUCUCUUUUAGGCACAAGAUCCGGAACUCAACCAGCAGAAAUGAGAAAAGAUGGACAUAUGCACUUGGCGAUGUAUGUGCUCUUAUUUGGAAACGCAUUUUGUUUAGUUUCAGUUCCAUUUGUGCGCGGUCCGGACCCCUGGUCCGACAAGACCGGGUUACUGAAGAUCCAGUAUUACUGCAACUUCCGCGCACCAGAAGUAGGCUUGGUCACCAGCAGGUCGGCGAGAUUGUUAGUCAUUUUCAAUCAAGACGUACAGGAUAUCUUGGACUGGGACAUGCUUACUUUGUCGCCCGCAAGCGCUAACCGUCCGGACAAGGUGUUCGUCUUGACAAACGAAAACAAUACGGAUUUCACCAACUUCCAGUGGUCCUUCCACGUGGUAUGGAAAGGAGACAUCGAUUAUGGUCCUCCCGUCCGCACUUCCACCCCCGCACCCACUGGAACAUGUCAGCUCGUCACUGAUUUCGUCACUGUUCCGAUUGAGCGCGGCUCAAAUCCGUGGUCCGAAGAGUCCGGUUUACUUAGGAUCCAGUAUUACUGCAACUUCCGCGCACCACAAAUAGGAUUGGUUGCCGGCAGGAUGGCGAUAUUGUUAGUCAUGUUCAAUCAAGACGUGCAAGAUGUCGUGAACUGGAACAUGCUCACUCUGUCCCUCGCAAGCGUCAAUAGGCCGGACAAGGUGUUCGUCCUGACAAACGAAAACAACACGGACUUCACCAACUUCCAGUGGUCCUUCCACGUGUUAUGGAAAGGAGUCAUCACUUAUCCCGAACCCACGGGCACGUGUCAACUUUUCAACGGCAAUGCGGAUUUUACCACCAAAGCGCCUGUGUCUUUCACUCAAGCGCCUGCAUCACGCUCAGUUUCGACAUCUGGAUACUUCGGCAUUGGAAUUGGUGUCUUUGUGAUAGUUCUCGUCGCGGCAGCAGUUGUUGUCUUCGUUUACAAAAGACGCCGAAGACAGCUGCAUACUGAAGAUCCAUAUUCCCGGUACUCUCCAAAAGCUGAUAAAUGUGAUGUGCCCACAGACACUGACAAUGUGCCGAAGCCCCUUCCCCAUCGUUCUGAACAGAAGCCCAGACAUUCAUACCUCGGGCUGGAUGGUGCGGUCUAUGAUGAAAUAGAGGACGUCGCAAGUUCGAUAUCGCAGCCUGACAACGGGUACCUUACAUUGGUAACUGCAUCGCAGUUUACAGACAUACCUGCACCACUUAAAACCAAGGACGAGCAGUUACUUCCAGUGCGUGUUACUUCGUACGAAACACCAACGACAACCAUUUAGGCGGAAAGUGUCGUCCCUGAUUAGUCUGGGCGAAAAACAUAUGCAUGAAGUCCAGUAUUCCCAGAACAAGGCUCAACUGAUAGACAGUAACUUCCAGCGUGUUGCUUCGUAUGACACACAAAUGACAACAUAUCUUAAAAUCCUUUCUAUUGAAUACAGAAAACUGAAUGUUACUUUUAUAUAUAGAUUGAUAAUUUUGGUAACAAAUUGAUUUUUAUACUAUUUUAAAAUGCAUUGUAUUCGCUCAAACCCACGCUGUAUGGUGAUUUUAUUCACUAAGACUUAUUCCUUCAAUUCGAUGUACGAAGGUUAAAUAUAAACUUGUAUUUUAGGUGUUCAAUGUUAAAUGGUAGUUUUUACUGUGUUUAGCGAACUUUUGAAUUUCUUAAGUGAAUUGCUUUAUAUACAGCUUGUUAAAUGUUUGUUUGUUGUUCACGAUUAUUGUGGUGGCUAUAAAUUACUAAUAUUAACGUUAGUGACUAAACAUUAUAUGCUUACACAAGUUCGGUUUUGAGUGGUACGCAUUUGUGUGAUAGAAUUCACGAAUAGUUCUUAUUUUUAUUGUUUAAGAAUGCUGAAGUGAGGUUAAUUAUGUAUGUUUAUUUACAUACAUGAUGCUGUGUGCAGGAGGAUGCAGAACACACCCAGGGAGUAGCCCUGAUGCUUUCCUACUCGGCAUAUAGAACGCUCAUCGGUUGGGAGGCACAUGGACCACAGAUCAUGGCGGCCUCUUUCCUUACCAAAAAGAAAAGGAUCAAUGUAGACAUAAUCCAGUGCUAUGCGCCGAAGAACGACAGUAAAGAGAAUGAGAAGGACAACGUUUACAAUAGGCUGUCAACCAUUAUACAAGACAGACAAAGAGAAACCUCAUCAUUCUAAUGGGUGCCAAGAUCGACAGUGACAACCGAGGUUAUGAUGAGAUCAUGGGGAAGCAAAUAUUAAGCGAGAUGAACAACAACGAGGAGAGAUUCGCCGACCUGUGCGCCACAAGUAAUCUGGUCAUCGGAAGAAAUGUUUGCCAUCACAGAAGGAUACACAAGGCAAAUUGGGUGUCACCAGACCUGUCAACAGAGAACCAAAUUAACCACCUGUCCAUCGCAAGCAAGUUUCGUCGCUCUCUUCAGAAUGUACGUGUCAUUCUUGGAGCAGACGUGGCUUCGGACCAUAGCUCCUUGUUUCCCGAUUGAAACUGAAGCUGAAGUCAUGUUGGGCAAGGUGAUGCAGCCAACGCCAACGUUACAACACUGCUACACUAAAAGACAUCUGGAAGCAAAAAGAGUUCAAGUUCACUCUCUCUAACAAGUUCCAGGUCCUAGAGGAGGUGCUUGAAGAAGGGACGAUAGAGCAAAAGUGGCAGAACGUGAAAGAAGCAGCGACUUUAACAUGCAAAGAAAUACUGGGCUCCAAGUCUUACUCCCACAAGGAGUGGCUAUCAGCAGAGACACUUCAGAAAGUUGCGGAAAGACUAAACAAGAAGGCAAGUGUCAACCACAGCAGAACACGAUCCGCACAAAUGAAAGCACAAGAAGAGAACACCGAAGCAAAUAGGAGCGUCAAGCAAAGUAUUAAAGCAGUCAAGCGGAACUACCUAGAGACGCUUGCAUAAGGGGUGGAAGAAACAGCCUAUCAGAACAGAACUAAAGAUCUGUACUUCAUCACCAAGAGAUUAGCAGGAAAGUUUGCCAAGCCAGAGAGGCCAGUAAGGGACACACGUGGAGGAGUAAUAACAGAUGAUGAAGGGCAAAAGAAGAGGUGAUUUUAGCACUUCCAGGAGCUACUCAACAGGCCAGCUCCUGCGAAUCCACCGGAGAUUCCCCUGGCUAUAAGCGAUCUGCCAAUCAAGUGCUGCACUCCCACAAAAGAAGAGAUCAGCAGCGCAAUCAAGAAAUUAAAGAACGGCAAAUCUACAGAACCUGACAGCAUACCUGCAGAAGCGCUUAAGGCUGACGUGGAGACCAGUGUGGAGCUACUACAUCGGCUCUUCAGUAAAGCAUGGUAAGAAGAAGAAAUUCCAUCAGAGUGGAAAGAGGGUUACCUCAUCAAGCUUCCCAAGAAAGGCGACCUCAGUUCCUGCUCCAGCUACCGAGGAAUCACACUGUUGUCCGUCCAAGAAAAGGUGUUAAAUCGCAUCCUGCUGAACAGAAUGAAAGACGCAGUAGACCCGCAUUUCCGUGACCAAAAAGCAGGCUUUCGAAAGGAGAGGUCGUGCGCGGAUCAGAUUGUAACCCUGUGCAUCAUUCUGGAACAAUCCCUGGAGUGGAAUUCACUGUAGUAUGUGAACUUCAUUGACUAUGAAAAGGCAUUCGACAGCGUUGACCUGGAGUCCCUCUGGAGACUUCUGAGACACUACGGAGUGUCAGAAAUGAUCACCAAGAUCAUCAGGAAGUCUUAUGAAGGAAUGACCUGCAGAAUCGUUCAUGGAAGACAGCUCGCGGACGCCUAUGAAGUGAGAACCGGACUGAGGCAAGGCUGCUUACUCUCACCUUUCUUGUUCCUGUUGGCCAUAGACUGGGUUAUGAAGACAUCGACGGAGCAGAAGCGGAAUGGAAUUCAGUGGACUCUGUGGAAACAGUAAGAAGACCUAGAUUUUUCCGGUGAUCUGGCUCUUCUCUUCCACACUCAACAACAGAUGCAGGAAAAGACAAACAUGG